UGAGCGGGCCACGGACUACAGUUCCUAGACUGCUUCACGCCGCCAUCUAGUUGAGGCCAGAGGCGGUGAGGUGGGAACGUCGCCCGCGCAGUGGUGGUAGGCCAGGCGGAAACGGACGGACUGAGUGGAGUCGGAAUCCGGGACGCUGGUUGGGCUGGGUUUCCGUGGCCGUGUUUCUGAAAGGACGGCUCGUAACAGGGCCCUCGGAAACUGGGAGAAGCGCGGGGUGGGCGCGCGGGGGAUGGAACGUUGAGCGGCACCAUGCCUCGCCUGGCGCGACGCUGUAGCCCGGAACCGAACCGCUGGGGCUGAGGGGCGGGCUCGCGGCCCUUAAAAUGUCCUCAAGGAGUUGGUUGAAUAGGUGUGAAGACCCUCUGGCCUUUCCAAGCCGCUCCUAGAAAAUGCCCCACCUUUGGGAAGCGGCGACGGGAUGCAUAGGAGAUAGCAGAAAUUCCUUGAUGUGUUAGGAGUCAAAACACAUCUGGACUUGCAGGUCGCUAAAGUUGCUUUUGCGCGGGAGAAACACAAGCAUUCCCCAGUGUCCACAACCCCAGAUACACUUUGCAUUUUAAUAAGAGGCUAGGCACACCAGGAAGACAGAUGAGCGCCGCAGCCGGUUUUCUUCCUAGGCCUGCGAAGGGAGGAUGAACUUGCUCAGCAAGAGUGCACAUGACCGGACACUAUUGUGAAGGAGCUGCAGAAAGCCCCCAAGUCCCAGAUGGCACUGAAAACCAAGAAAGGACUGAAAGGUUCCAUUGAUGAUGUUCUUGGUGACCUCCUGGGAGAUGACACAACACUGCUUGAGAAGCCUGUUGAGCCAGCCUCACGUGCCAGAGACACAGCAAGUGUACCUCAGUGGCCUGCUUCCAAGGCUAAAGCAAGAUCCCUCCCCAAAGACAGUGUUGAAGGGCCACUGGGAGCUGAUGCUGAGGUCUCCAGCGUCUCGGAUGCAGACCCGCAGGUCUUCUUGCAGAACAUGAAGGACCUGGAUAGCAUGGACGAUGAUCUCUUUGGUCAGAUGAAGUCUCAUCCACCCUCUGGCAAAGGACCUGCAAAGGGUUCUGGGAAAGAAGUGCCUAGCAAUCCCAAGCCUGCUGGCACAUUAACAGCGAAUGAGAAAGGGGACACCAUUGCCACUAAGAAGCCACCUCUCCCUUCCAGCAACUUUGGGCUUCAGUACAAGAAGUUUUCCUUUGAAGACUUUGAAGACCCCUUGGCGGGACUUCUCUCUGAUGAGGAGGAAGAAACUGCCAAGAAGCCACCCAUAAUGGAGAGUAAGCCUGCUUCCAAGAGCCCCAGCAUGGCUGCAAGCCAAGGUCCUUCUGUUCCUCUAACUCCUGGGGAUACUCCUAUCCGGAAGAAAGAAUUGCUGUUUGACGAAGGGGACGACAUCAUGACCACCCUGGGUUUUGAAGACAGCCCCAAAGCAGAGAGGAAGAAGACCGGAGACCAGGAAGGGCCCCUUCCUGCUCGCUCGAAGCUGGAUGAACUGCUGGGACGAGGCACAGCUGCCAAGUUCCUUGCUCGUCCAGGCGCUGGGGAGCACAGAGAGUUCAAGCUAGACAAGAAGUAUCAGAAGCCAGAGGACAAAGAAGACAGCUGGGAUGAUGAGAUCCUCACCUUUGGGGCUUACCAGCCCACUGUAGCCUCCUCUGAAGGCAGGCAGUCUCGCCGACAGUCGGUCAGCAGGUUCUUGGGAGAAGGUGGCUCAGACCUUAAGGGAGAACCUAGCUUCAAACAGAGCCCUCCCCCUGCUUCCAGCCCCAUCCACCCCAGGAGAGGAGGAGCCGACUGGUUAGGCCUUAAGGAUGAUGACCUGGCCCUGCCGGAUCCCUCUCCUGUUCAAAAGGCUCAACAAGAAGACUCAGCCAUUUUGACACCCUCUCUACCCCCCACUACAAACCAGCACUCAGCCCCAGAGCCACACUCUGUGCCAGCUGGACUGCCCUCAACCGCAAAGUCAGCAGCCAAGGGUGUAAGGCCCUCUCCCAAAGCCAGUCAGGCCUCACCGAAAACCUCUGAGGAGAAGGACGACGACUGGCUGAGCCAUGUCAUUUCUCAGAAGAAAUCCCACGGUCUAGCCAGAGAGGAGCAUGCUGCACCCUCUAAGGGCCUGAACUCAUUUGGAUCAUCGGGUCAGACCCCUUCUAGCAGCCAACCUGUUGCGAGCACUCAGGCCCUUGAGCAGGCCGCUGCUGGAGAAGCCUCGGGAGCAGCUACACAAGGGAUCACAGCUGUCAGGCCUGGCAUCACAGGAUCCGCCAUGAGUUGGAGCCCAGCCACUACUGUCCUUCCUGUAGGUGAUCCCAAGACGGGAAUGGCCUCUGCCUCUGGGGACUUCUCCAGCAGAGAGCCUGCAGUUUAUGUUCCACAUUCCCAGGACCACACGGGGCUUUCUGUGCCUGUCCAGCCCAUGCUCCCGGAGUCUGUGAUACAAAGUCUGCUGCCAGGCUCAGGAUACCAGAAGCAACUCCUGGCUGCCCAAGGGCAGUUCCCAAGCAGCACUGCCCAGCUUCAGGUUGAGCUGCUGCAGAGCCAGACCAAGCUGGCCGAGCUGGAGGCCCAGGUGCGGAAGUUGGAGCUGGAGCGGACCCAGCACAGCAUGCUGCUGGAGAGUUUGCAGCAGCGGCACCAGGCCGACCUGGAGCUCAUUGAAGAUGCGCACAGAAGCCGAGUCAAGGUACUAGAAGCAUCCUACCAGCAGCGGGAGGAGCAGCUCCGCAGAGAGAAGGAGGCGCUGUCAACUCAGCAUGUGUCAUACUGCCGGGAAGCUGAGCAGGCCAGGGCUGAGCUCAUAGCUCAGCACCAGCGGCAAUUGGCCCUGGCUGCACAGGAGAAGGACCAGGAGGUGGCACGACUUCGGGAGCUGCAGCAGGCAUCCAUUCUGGAGAUGCGCAAGGACCACGAGCACCAAUUGCAGAGGUUAAAGAUGCUGAAGGACCAAGAGAUCGAUGCUGUCACCAGUGCCACCUCCCAUACUCGGUCCCUGAAUGGCAUCAUUGAGCAGAUGGAGAAAUUUUCCAGCAGCUUGAAUGUGCUGUCCUCCCGCGUGGAGGCCUCACACCUCACCACUUCACAGGAACGGGAGCUGGGGAUCCGGCAGCAAGAUGAGCAGUUGCGAGCUCUGCAGGAGCGGCUGGGCCGGCAGCAGCGAGACAUGGAGGAAGAGCGCAGCCGACUCCAGGAGGUCAUUGGGAAGAUGGAGGUGCGCCUGAGUGAGCAGAGCCGGCUCCUGGAACAGGAACGCUGGCGGGUGGCUGCUGAGAAGUCCAAGGCAGAGUCUGCACAGCGCAGCCUGGAGGAGCAGAGGAAGGUCAUGGUCCAGCAACUCUCCAUGGAGAGGGAGGAGCUGGAGAGAGCCAAGAGUGCCUUGCUAGAGGAGCAGAAGUCAGUCAUGAACAAGUGUGGGGAGGAGCGCCGGCGCCUUGCAGCAGAGUGGGCUGAGUAUUUCACACAGCAGAAGCUGAGUAAGGAACGGGCCGAGCGCGAGGCUGAGAGGGCGCUCCAUGCGGACUCCCAGAGGGAGGGCACCAUCAUCAGCCUGACCAAGGAGCAGGCAGAGCUGACAGUCAGGGCCUGUGAGCUCCGGGCCAAGGAGGAAAAGCUGGCUGCUGAGAGAGAGGCUUUGGAGAGAGAGCGCCAGGAGCUUCGGCUGGAGAAGGACAGGUUACACAAGGCCAGCCUGCGACUCCAGGCCCGUGCACAGGAGCUGGAACACAUGAGCAAGGUGGCCUCCAAGAGGUAUGAGGAGGGUGAGCAGGCCCUGCAGGAGGCCCAGCAGAUGCAGUCUGAGCAGCAGGGCCGGCUGCAGGCAGUUCAGCGGCAGCAGGAAUGGCUGCGGCAGCAGGAGCAGCGUAUGCACCAGGAGCAUCUGAGCCUGGCGCAGCAGAGGCUGCAGCUGGACCGUGUGCGGCAAGAUGUGCCCUCCAGCCUUCCAGGGCUGCGCUCCACAGUUCAGGGCCCUGCAGUGGCCAGCAUGGAUGCCAUCCAGGCCCCUGCUCUCACCAUUCCUCAGCAUAGCCAGAUACCUGCUGCCUCAGUGCCCACACACCUUCUUGCCAAGCUGCUGCUGCUGAAGCACACAGCAGAGCAGGACCACGACUUCUUGGAGAAUGAACAGUUCUUCCUGGAAACUCUGAAGAAGGCGCCCUACAACAUGGCAUACCAUUCUGCCUGAUGAUAGCCAACGCCUCCUCAGCCAGCCCGACCCAGAGCUCCCCCUCCCCGGAGGAGGCUCCUAGGAAGGUGGCGCACUACCCAGAGCCUGAUUACAGCUUUCUGUGUGGACAGAGUAUCUGUGUGUUCUUCCCAGCUAAGAGGCAGCAGGUGCCUCCCCAAGGGAGCAAUGACAUCAAGGCCUUCUUACCACCAAUCGCCCACUCCUGUCCCAUAGUAAGGCCCCAGCUCAUCACCCCCUUCUACGGGGCAGCCACUGGAGAUUCUCAUGCCUGGGCUUUUCUCAGGGCACUAGAGUGGGACACCAUGCAUAGUCAUCUAUUUCUCCCUGACUGAGAGGUCCCUUCCCACUAGGGAACAGGGAGAAGGGCCUCUGAGCCCCAUCUCAUUCCCAUUACUCCCUGGUAACCAGCCAACUCAACAUGAACACACUAGCUCCUUCCUCCCAUCCAAGUCUCUACCAGAGGUGGGCGUGGGGAGCUGUAGACCCGAGGGUAUAUGGAGAAGCAGAGGAGGGAGGAAGAUUUUGGGAGUUGGAGCCUCUGCCUGGAAAUAAGGUACCCCUGGGGCCUGUGAGGGACCACACAGCUGAGCUGCUGCUGCUCCUCCAGUCUCUGGUAUGCCAAGCAGGGUAUCAGGAGUUGGCAGGGGAGGAGAAAUGAUCUGGCAGACCAGGACAGAAGGACUCAGAAAGAAACCACAGUUGUUAAUACAGCAGCUUGCAUUCAGGGGUGCUCCUCGCUUUCCACCCUGAGCAGGUGUGCCCACAAGAGCAGGGGCAGAGGAGACACAUGAAGCUGUGUUCACAGGGGCAGAGGAGACACAUGAAGCUGUGUUCACAGGGGCAGAGGAGGGACACGUGAAGGUGUGUUCGCAGGGGCAGAGGAGACACAUAAAGGUGUGAUCACAAGAGCAGAGGAGACACAUGAAGGUAUGCCCACAGGAGCAGGGGCAGAGGAGGAAGGUGCGAGAGGGUGAGCCAGAGUCUGCCUGUGCUCCCCAGAGCUAUUCUCAAAGGAACCUAAUUCUCUUGGGCCCAUUAAACUGCUCUAUUCUUUGCGA